CAAGCGUGAGCUGCUCCGAGAAAUGUAAAGUCAGUCAGUCGACCGGCGCAUUCAGAUGGGCAACAGUCAUUAUUCUGAUUGUUUCUGGUGGAGAAGCACAUCAGUCGGCCUGCAUCAUGGAGGAUGCCUUGGGCGCAGCAGCAAGGCAUGCUGGAAGCGGUCUGAAGGACCUUCUCACCGAGCUCGUUGCUGGCAAGCUGACCCACCUGGUUGCUUUGGAUGUUGGAACUGGUGUGGUCUGUCUGCCCCAAGCAGAGGUCCCGGAAGGCACGAUGCUCUUGCCAGGCUCUUUUAACCCAGUGCACGAAGGGCAUGAGGAAAUGGCGCGCCGUGCAGCGGAAAUGCUUGGCAGGUCCAGAAGCAACGUUCUGUUGGAACUCUGCGUUGUGAAUGCGGACAAGGGCGCCAUUGAUGUCGAGACUCUGUGCAGCCGCCUGGAGAAGGCGGUGGCCAGAGGCAACCGCAUCCUGGCCAGUAGGGCAACGCUCUUCCAGCACAAGGCGGAUGUGUUCCCCGGCUGCGUUUUCGUUGUUGGCUACGACUCGUACAGGCGCAUUCUAGAUGCGAAGUACUACGCCCCAGCCGGUGCCUUUGAAGGCAGCUCCGAUGAGGAGAGGCAAGCUUGGGUGAUUACCGCUUUGCAGAAGCUGCACAGCAAGCGGGUCUCCUUUGUGGUGGCUGGACGUGUGGAUGGUGACGGCUUCAAGUCCAUCGAAACUCACUCCAUCCUGAAGUUGCCCGAGGAGUUGUCAGGUUUGUUCCUUGCCCUUCCCGACUUUCGCAAUGAUAUUUCCUCAACGGCCCUCCGUGCCAAAGCGGCCCACGAGAGCACGGCGUGAUU